AUGCCGUCUGCUCACCGAGAGGGUCCGGCGUGCAUCCCGCAGACCGGGCCUGUCAGGUAUCCUUGCAUGCAGGGUUCGACAGCCAAUGGGGUAUUUCGCCUCUUUACCAUGCAGUACCAUGCUACGUCCUCUGCAAACCGCCCUAUGAAGGCCGACCUGCAGCUAGUUCACAGCCAGGUCCAGAUUGAUGAUAUAUGA